AUGCGCGUAUCAGUGGACGCUACAACCGUCACCAUGGCUUCCAGCGUCCUAACUGUAUCCAAACCUCUCAAAUCCCAGAUAGGAAUCCUGUCCACAACCUGAUUUAUUAACACGGCGCCUGCUUUUCUGUAAAUUCAGAAAGAAGUCCUCAUCGGGGUUAAAAUGACAGUCCAUUUUAAGGGCAUCAGCAGGCAUCGGAGUAAACAUAAGGCGAGGCGAGUGAGAGACGCGUCACCGCAGCGAGCAAUGCGAUUGGCUGGACUGCCCUCUGAUCAGCUGGGAAUUUGCAAAGAACCCCAGCUUCAAUCUAAGAAGAGAGCCCUCUUGAACCCACCUCAAGUGUCCUCUUCCCUACAGUUGGGAGCUCCAGAUGCUUUAAUCAGGAGGCAGAUAACAACCCGGCUUGCUUCGCCUCCAGCUGUAGCACUCCAGAGUGUAAUCUCUGUAGCACAAGCAGGCAGUGUAGAGAAUGUAGAAACCCCUCUAUCCCCGAGACCAUUCAAACCAACAAGAACUGCAGAAACGACGCCGGUCCAGGAAGAAUGCUCUCCUGGUCAUCUGUCCAAAGUAUCUGAUGACCAGGAGGCACAAAAACAACCAGCAGACGCGGUUAACCAUGUACUGAGGAGGAAGGCAGGCCUGAAGUCAGAGCGCCAGAGAAAUUGCUACCAGAGCUCUGAGUAUCAGAGACAGUUUCAGUGGAAAAAUCCAGCAGCUGAAUCACCUCUUCUCACUGCCCAAGAGAUGUUGUACUCCAGCAACAGAUCGAUCCCACCUUUUAAGUCCAAUCCUGUAGUAAUGGAGACUGAAUACAAGAGGAGCUUUAAAGGAUCCCCUCCACCCAGAGGCCCACGCCUACGAAGAGACAUGGAACUAAAUGAGGAUCCACCUCCCAAAAUGGAGAAUAUCCACCCAGAGCAGAAUAAAAGGAAGAAAAAACGGCAUCGACGACUAAUCAGGAAGUCAAUCCCCAAAGAGAAAACUUCAGAGCCACAGGCCUUAGAGCAGAAACCGGAGACACCACAAGACCAAAAAGCUGCUUCACCCAAAGUGGUGAGGUGUGUGAAGCUGAAGACUGAAUAUAGCUCAAACUUCCGCUCUCCUCUUCAAUACUGCUGCAGAGAUGGUGCCUGGGUCAGAACUGUAGGAGAGGAGGUUCAUGAGUGGUAUCAUGAGGUGCGGGAGUUGCGGGAGAAAGCAGAAGCCUAUAGAAAGAGGGCCUGGGGAACUCACUUCUCCCGACAGCACCUGAGCCAGAUCCUGUCUGAGCAGAACUGCCUAUGGGAAGCAUCUAGUGGUUCUUCUCCCUCCACAUUCACUGAUGAUGACAUUCAUUCCACCAGAAGUCCCGUCAUCGAGGCCCUGGACCUGGCCAGUGUCGGGGAGAGGUGUAGCCCCAGUUCUUCCUUGUCCUUGCCUGCAAGUAGGAAAGGCCCUUGUAAAGAGGUAGAGCUUCCCGACAGCCCCACCCUUCAUGGACAGAGGAGAAAGGCAUGGGAUGAGGAAGUAAAUCCUUGUGAGAGGGGUGUGGCCGAGAUAAAGCAGCGAAAGAAGGAGAAACCAGAGGACAUCGAUAGGGAAGGAAAUAUAAAUGUGCAUUCAGAAGACAACGAGGAAGAGGACAUUGGGCCAGAAACAAAGCAAUUACCAGAUGCAGAAGAGUCAGGAAACUCCAGUGAUGAGGGCAGGGUGCCUACUCCCAAACUUAAAUCAAUGGCAGCUUCACAGAGGACUCAUCAUGACCGCACCACCCCUGCGACUGGUGGUGCUAUACUGGUCUCCCCUCCAAAGAUUAAAUAUACCAAGACGUACAGGAGUAGUGAACCACCACUUGGGAAAGUUUACUCACCUUACAGACAACCCAGUUGUGUCUCAGUGCCAGACAGCAAGAAUGAAGGCGUGAGUACGUGUCGUUCUCCUCUUGCAGCAGGGAUGGCAACAGUAGACCCACUUCCCUUAAGAGAAGACACAUGGAUUGAGAACUCUCCUGAACGCUUGCUUGAUCCGAAACCACCCAGAAAAUCAACUCGCAAAAAAGCAAGCAGCGCUUGGCUCAUAGACGAUACCCCAUCACAUGGCAAUAGAAUCCAAGGCACAAUGAGAAACCCAGAGUUUCUGCAUAACGGUAAUAUAGGAGUACAUCGGCCAGACGGAAAUAUUUUCCUUUCCAGUGACUGUCUAUCUGACAACGAUUUGGAUGACAGGAUGUCCCAGAUCUCAUUCCAGUCAGCAGCUUCCUGCUCUAUGGCAUCCCAGGUAUUGGACCGGGCGCAGAAGAGGAAAGAAGACUUCUGGGGAAAGAGUCAACACCAUCUCGGGGCUCACACUACUGCAGAAAUAACAGCUGCCUACUCACAGCCCUAUAAUAAUGUGUAGUGUAAAGUUCAGGGAAUUAAUUUAUACAUUUGUCAUGUUUUUUUAUUUGUCUUAAAGUAUAUUUGAUACUUACAAUAUAGCAUGACCACACACAACGGUUUUAAUAAAUGUAGAUAAAUGAUCA